AUGCAGUGCAGACAAGUAGUAAUAUUAGUCAGAGAUUAUAUCAGAGCCUUCUCACAGAGAGAAGAUGAAGAAACUGCAGGAUUCUGCAGACUCAACUCAGCAGAAGCUCAAGCAGGGCUCAGACAUGCUAUAAGAGAGAAACUACAGAUUGAGCUUCUCAGAGUCACUGUUCUCAGAAUCAAGCUCUUCUCAGAUUUCUCUCUGAAUGAUCACACAGAGUCAUACAUCACUGUAUUGACUGAGGGGGGGGGCGGCGUCACAACAGCGGUGGGAGAGACAGGGAACAGACUGAACAUGAAUGAACUGACUGGCAGAGAGGAUAACACCUCACUGCAAGACACAGUGACUACCACCACAGCUACAAGAGAAGCAGGAGAAGGAGAUGUGAUAAUGAAAGCAGUGCUUCCGCGGCUCAGUGACACCACUGUCUUCACCUUCAACCUGGCUUUCUUAACAGCCACAGAGGCCGCAGCUGCAUCAUGA